AUGAGCGCAUUAUGAUUGGCUUCUUUUCUUGUUAUAAAUACUACGUGCACGCCUCUCUUUAUUCUCUUUUCCGCGGAGUUCUCUUGCGGGAGAUUACAUCUAGUCUUUAAACCCUUUAAGUGGCAAUCCUUGGAAGCACGCAAAGAUGCCCAGGGAAGACAGGGCUACGUGGAAGUCAAACUACUUUAUGAAAAUCAUUCAACUGUUGGAUGAUUAUCCAAAAUGCUUUAUUGUUGGCGCUGACAAUGUGGGGUCAAAGCAAAUGCAACAAAUCCGUAUGUCUCUGCGUGGGAAGGCUGUUGUACUAAUGGGAAAAAAUACCAUGAUGCGCAAGGCUAUCCGUGGACACUUGGAGAACAAUCCCUCACUGGAGAAGUUGCUGCCUCAUAUCAGAGGGAAUGUGGGCUUUGUGUUCACCAAGGAGGAUCUGACUGAAAUCCGUGACCUUUUGCUGGCCAAUAAGGUACCAGCUGCUGCUCGUGCUGGUGGUAUUGCCCCUUGCGAUGUCACUGUACCUGCUCAGAACACUGGUCUGGGUCCAGAAAAGACCUCCUUCUUCCAGGCUUUGGGCAUCACCACCAAGAUCUCCAGAGGCACUAUUGAAAUUUUGUCAGAUGUGCAGCUGAUUCAUGCUGGAAUCAAGGUGGGUGCCAGCGAAGCCACCCUUCUGAACAUGUUGAACAUCUCUCCAUUUUCCUUUGGUUUGCUGAUAAGACAGGUGUAUGAUAAUGGCAGCAUCUACAGUCCUGAGGUUCUAGACAUCACUGAGGAGAGUCUACACGCACGUUUCCUUGAGGGUGUCCGUUAUGUUGCUAGUGUAUGCUUGGAGAUUGGAUACCCCACAAUUGCCUCUGUUCCUCAUUCCAUCAUAAAUGGCUACAGACGUGUUUUGGCUGUGUCUUUGGAAACUGAUUACAGUUUCCCGUUGGCUGAAAAGGUGAAGGACUUCUUGGCUGAUCCAUCUGCCUUUGUGGCUGCAGCACCUGCUGCUGCAAGUGCUGUACCUGCUGCCAGCGCCCCUCCACCCAAGGAGGAAGUGAAAGAGGAGUCUGAAGAGUCUGAUGAAGAUAUGGGAUUCGGGCUGUUUGAUUAGGACCCACUGCCUUGCACAACCAAUCUGAAACAUCAUCCAAGCUGAAAAUAGUGAUUAAAAAUAAAAAUUGUUUUGGAAUCAUU